AUGGCCCCACUAGUUAGUCGGAAGGACAACUCCUCUUUAUUCUCCUUCAAUAGCACAUGGCAAGUCCUCGGGCCGUUUCAGAUUGGAACAAGAGAAGCUACUUGGGGUGCAGAUCCACUCGAGUAUGUCGGCGGCUUCAGGAAUCUCUCCUAUGAUCCAAAGGCUACAUUCCGGAGCUCAUUACCAGCCAAUGGAACGGCCACGUGGAAUAUCACAAACGCUGUACAGACGUCGAGCAGCCCCGGUGCUGCCAAUGCUUCCUUGAGCGUCAGCUACUCCAACGUUGAUUGGGACUUCUUGAAGGUCGUGUAUGGUUGGGCUGCUGUCCAGUACCAGGCCUGGGCUCGUGGAGAGAUCAUUGUGGGUGGUAACGCAACACAGCAUGUCAUCCUCCACACGGAUGCUAUACUAGAGUAUUGGAUUGAUGAUACGCACUACUUCGGAGGGGAUUUCUAUAGCUUCCGAAAGGCACCAUCUGUUCUGCAUCUCAAACCCGGUGCCCACAAGAUUGAUCUCCGUCUAGUGCGAGAUGUUCGAGCAUUCGGAGGCAUCCUAGAGCCUACCAUCGAUGUUAUCGUUGAUCUACAGCGAGCAUCUGGCACACUCGAACUCGCAAAGCCUGGCAUUCUCAUGUCAGACGUCGUCGAUGGCACGCUUGCAACACCAGUCGGGUCGGUGUAUCUGAGGAAUAGCGGUGAAGAAACUAUCGAGAUUGUUGGUAUUCAACCUUCAAAUGUGGGCGCUUCCUUCUCUUUUGUGGGGUCGGACCUCAGUUCUCAAUCACUUAUCACAAGCGACACUGAUCAAUUGACUUUGGAGCAGACAAGUGAUCAUGGUGGCCACAACAGUACCAGUACCGUAAUCGCUGCGGGUCAAACGAGACCGCUAACGUUCAACGUUUCCUUGCCUACUCACAACGCUUCAUCAGUAGCAUAUAACAUCACAUACAGGAUCGUCAACAGCACACAGCACUUCACGCUGCCAGUCUCUCAGAUGUUGAACCACAUUUCCGUUUACCGACCCCACAAAAUUACCUACUUCCAUCCAGGCGGCAUAGUUUCUUAUGCUAUGCUUCGACCUCCGGCCAAGAAUGCGACAUGCCACUCAGGCCAGACGAAGUUACCUGUACUACUAGCCCUCCAUGGUGCUGGCCUCGAGGCGGACAGCCCCAUGGUUACUGGCGCCUUGGACCCAGUCUCGGACCUUUGUGCGUGGGUUCUGUUUCCCACGGGCGUCACGCCAUGGUCGGGGGAUGAUUGGCACAACUGGGGCUUUGCUGAUGUCGAGACUGCAAUCGAUGCGAUACCUACCUGGAUCCAGAAUGUCGGUUGGAAGGGUCACAGUGUUGAUACCAACCGAUGGAUCGUAUCAGGGCACUCAAACGGCGGACAGGGGACGUGGCAUGCCUUAACCCAAAGGCCCGAGUACGUACUCGCUGCAGCUCCAGUGUCAGGUUACGCCAGCAUUCAAAAUUAUGUGCCGUAUGUGCUUUGGCAACCUGCAGACCCGAGACGAACAGCCAUCAUCAGCGCAUCACUCAAUAGCUACCGUCAUGAAAUGUUGAUGGCAAAUGCUCGCGGUAUUCCAAUUCAGCAACAGCAUGGUGAGAUCGAUGACAAUGUUCCAGCGUACAACUCUCGCCUCCUUUCACAGCAGCUAUACCUGGCGGGAACCAAUUCGAGUUACAAUGAGGUCAAGUCUAAGAAUCAUUGGUGGGACACUGUCAUGACCACGCCAGAGCUAGUUGACUUCUACUACACAGCAACGAGAAACCAAGAUGUGCUGCCGAGAUCCCUUGAAGACUUCAGCAUUUUGGUUGGCGAUCCAGGCGACAUGGGUAGCAAGGGCGGGAUUAAAGUCACGUAUCUGAAAGACCCGGGACAGUAUGGAAGGGCUGAUGCCAAAGGGCGUACAAUUAAGACAUCGAAUGUCCUGAGUCUUGAGUUUGAUCCUGUACUAUGGAAUGAGGCGGUAACGGUAAAUGGGCACCUGUUGAAGCUUACAGAAGCAGCAACUAGCUCUGGCUCUCCGAUUAGUGUAUAUGCAUCUGGCAACACGUGGUCGAUUGGAACACCGCAAGUUGAGACCACCAGCCCUCAGAGGCAUCAGCGACAGUUGGGUUCCAUGACCGCAAUCCUUCGCUCCCAAGGGCCGUUCGUCAUCCGACAACCUCUAGGUUCCGCCAAUACCUCUCAUCUUGCCCUGCAAAUCUCCCGGAACCUGCACCAGUAUUUCCAAGCCGACGCUGUCAUUAUCUCAGCGUAUACAAUCCCGACCAACGUCACCGGCAAUGUCAUUACGCUCGCGAUCGGAUCCAGCCUCGAACCUCUUCAGUCCGACUUUUCCAUACGUGUAUCCGAGUCCGGCGUCUCCAUCCGAGACCAUCAGGGCCAGCACCAAGAGUAUGAGGAAGAAGCCCGAGGGGCGGCCUUCUUGCGCCCACUUGAUGGCGGGCGGCUUGAUUUAGUCUUAUGGGGUGCUGAUGAGGAGGGCUUGCGACAGGCUACGAGAGUUGUGCCCAUGCUGACAGGUGUCGGCCAACCGGAUUUUGUGGUACUUGGGGAGAGCGCAAAAUGGAGAGGAAUCGAAGGUGCUUUGGCGAUGGGCUUCUUUGAUUCGAGGUGGGAGGUCACUGCAUCGAGUGUGGUUGAGACAGGAUAA